AUGACUUUUCGGACCUCGGAUAGCCUUGCCUGGCACACCGAGGAGGCUGUUCUCCGCACCAAGUUUGAGGAGUUCGGUCCUGUCGAGGAAGCUGUCGUCGUCAAGGACCGCGAUACCGGACGUAGCCGUGGCUUCGGCUUCGUGCGCUACACACAGGAGGCAGAUGCCCAGCAGGCCAUCGCUGCCAUGAACAACAUCGAGUUCGAUGGACGAGUGAUCCGCGUCGACAAGGCUUCCGACAACGGCCCCCGCGGAGGUGGUCGUGGCGGAUACGGAGGCCGAGGUGGCGGCUUCCACGGUGCUCCCAUGCCUUACGGCGCCGCCCCUGUUCCCGGCUACGCUAUGGGCGUUCCCUAUCCCGUACCGUACGGCCGCGGCUACGCUCCUCAGCCCGGAUAUGGGGCCCCUCCUCAGGGUUUCGUCCCUCACCCGGCCCAAUUCUCCGCCUAUCCCGAUCCGAACCAGCAGCAGAUCCCUCCGGCUAUGCCACAGCAGGCUCCUCCCGCACAGGGAGGCAGGGGUUUCUGA